CUUUCUUCCUGCUAAUAAAUUAUCAUGGCUAGUGUUCUCUCCGAGCUCACCUCCACUGUGACAUCUGCCUUGGGGAACCUCCCCUCGCCAGAAAACAUCCAAGAUGCCGAGCGCAUGCAGCUGCUCGGUGCCAUUGAUCAGCUUCGCGCCGCGCUGGAGCCGCCCAUCAAGACGGUCAUGAAAAUUUGCUUGGGGCACUACGGCCUCACCUCGAUCCGAGUCGCCCAAGGAAUGGGGAUCUUCGAUGCAUUUGCUGCAGCCGGCGGUGCCGAGUUGACGAUCGAUGACCUGGACGCGAAGACUAAGGGUGACAGGCAGCUUCUCGCACGAAUCCUCCGUCUUCUGGCCGCCAACGGCAUCCUCAAACAGACCGAGAAGGAAAAGUACCAGCCAUUGCCGCUAGCAUUGAUGUUUGCCAAUGGCGUACCUCCAGGAGAGGGGAUUAAACACUUCUACCUCAACAUGCGCUCCUCCGCCAACCUCUAUGACUACUUCGAAAGCAAAGACUACAAGAACCCGACCGACGCAUACGACGCACCUUUCCAGUUCGCCCUCAACACAUCCGACCACUACUUCGACUGGCUCGUCAAACACCCCGCCGACCAGGCCGCCUUCAACUCCGUCAUGACGCUGGGCCGUCAAGUCCGCAGCGAGGAAUGGUUCAACUACUACCCCGUCGCGGAUAAACUGGCUUUUUGCUCUCCUGAGCGUGUGCUUCUCAUCGAUAUUGGCGGCGGCAUCGGCCACGACAUUACCGAAUUUAAAAACAAAUUCCCCUCUCUGCCAGGACGCCUCAUCCUGCAGGACCUACCACAAGUGAUUAACGACAUGAAGGCCCCCCUUCCCUCCGGCGUGGAAGCAAUGCCAUACAGCAUGUUCGAAGCGCAGCCCGAGAAGGGCGCCCGGGUGUAUUACAUGCGGACGGUACUGCACGACUGGCCGGACAAGCAGGCACUAGAGGCCCUGGCGCGGAUCAAGGAGGCGAUGGCGCAGGACUCGAUCCUGAUUCUGAACGAGAACACGCUGCCCGAGGAAAACGUGACAGCGUUUUCGGCGGCGCUGGAUAUGACCAUGAUGGAGGCUUUCGGGGCGUUGGAACGCACGGAGAGGCAGUGGGUGGAGCUGUUGGAGACGGCGGGCUUUAAGGUGAAGGUUUUUAGGUCUCAGGGGCAGGCCGUUGGCGAUGCGGUGUUUGAAGCGACUUUGUAGAUGGAUCGGAUUAGAAGUAUGAGUUUAUUGUUUUAGGGGGUUAUGGCGAUUAGUAUGGGUACAUGUACAGUCCAGGCUCCUAAUGCUAC